AUGAUCGUGAACUCGACAAGCACGACGCCUGAAUUCCAGGCCAACUUCUCGGACCUUUCCUCGGGUCUGGGCUUCGAACUCUUGACAACAGCUGGCUCCAUCAUCUCCAACCAGACGAACACUACAUGGCUCUCGGCCGCAGAGGUAGAGCAUUUCCUUGGCGACCCGGAUGUCAUGCAUGCUAUCGGACUGAUUCUAGGAACGGGAGCCAUCGUUUGGGGCAAGAGGCUGCCGCACAUGUUGGCUGCCGUAGCAUCGACAAGCCUUGGUCUUUGGAUUGGACUGGUGGCUCAGGACAGGCAGCACUUCCAGAAGCCUGUCUGGGGAGUGGAACUUCCAGAAGGAAAGUGGUUCCCUUGGGCAGCGGGUAUUGCCGCCGGAGCCGCAGCCGCGAUCCUGAGCUACUUCACCUGGAAGCUGGCCUUGGCAUUGCUGACGGGUGGUUUGGUGACUUUGCUCGCCCUCGCCGCCUGCCGCUUGGCAAAUGUGUCGCCCGAGAAAGUCUUCGAGUUGGGAUCGAGCUUGCUGUCCUCGUACCGGCUGAUUGGUGCUGUGGUGCUGACUCUGUCAGUCAUUGCGUUUUUCUUUACGGUCCGGAAGUGCCAUGCGCAGAUGUCUGAAUUCGCAUCAGCGCAGCUGGGCACACUCCUGCUGCUUUCAGCCGUUUCGCACUUCGCCGCGCGAGUCGGAGCAGAGGCAAAGUGA